CUUAAUUGGAUAUGAGAAGACAUUUCACAAUCCAGAUGACAUGCAAUCCCAACCCCUAUUUCAUGCUUUGCCAGCCUCGCUACUAGCCCUGCACUAAGAACACUAACUGUCCUUCAGCCUUAUGACUCGUUAUCGCCAAAGAAAAUAUUUUGAACCCCUCCAAACCUACCCCGCCACCAAGAUUUGAACACAAUACGACAACAUGGCGUCUAAUACUCACGAAGAACCAAAACCAGAUGGUGCUGCCUUUGAUGACUUCUUCGAAAGUCUUGGCAAGAAAGCAGAACACCUGUCUGUUGAAGACAAGAAUGGAGUACCUCCUACCAACGAUCAAUUCGAAUCAACAGAAGAUGAUGAUGGAGAGCCAAAGAUCGUAGAUGAGAUAGAGAGUCUGUGUAUGAACUGCCAUGAGAAUGGCAUCACAAAACUCCUCCUCACACGCAUACCUUUCUUCCGCGAAAUAAUCUUAAUGUCCUUCUACUGUCCACACUGCAACUUCAAAAACUCCGAGAUCCAAUCUGCCGGCGAGAUCCAACAGAAAGGCUCACAUUAUGAACUCCGUCUCACUACAAAAGAAGACUUUGCGCGCCAGGUCGUGAAGUCGGAUACCUGCGUAGUAAAGUUCAUUGAGCUUGAUAUCGAAGUUCCUGCCGGUCGAGGACAACUCACGAAUGUGGAGGGCUUGCUAAGCAUGAUACUAGAGGAUCUAGAAUUGCAACAACCAGAGAGGAAAGAGCAGAUCCCAGAGGUCUGGGCGAAGAUUGAGGAAAUUGUUCAAAAAGGCAGGAACAUGAUCAAGGGAGAGAGCUUUCCGUUCCGAGUCUCGCUCGAUGAUCCAGCGGGAAAUUCGUGGAUCGAACCAGACCAGAAAGACGGCGUAGGAAAAUGGUCAAAAGUCGAAUAUGCACGAACACCAGAGCAAAACGAGGCAUUAGGCUUAGGCAGUGGCGAAGAAGAGGAACAGAAGCCCGAACCAGCUGUCCCGGGACAACCGACAGCAGCAAGUUUCGAGACCGACGAUAUUAUUCCCAACGAGGUCUACUCGUUCCCCGCCACCUGUCCCGGCUGCACGAAAUACUGCGUCACGCAUAUGAAAAUGGUCGACAUCCCACACUUCAAACAAGUAAUCAUCAUGAGCACCGUAUGCGACCAAUGUGGUUACCGCUCCAACGAAGUUAAAACCGGCGGCGAGGUUCCCGAGAAGGGAAAGAAAAUCACCCUCAAGGUCGAAGGACCAAUUGAUCUCGCCCGAGAUAUCCUCAAAUCCGAAUCCUGUGCCUUGGAAUGUCCGGAACUGAGUCUCUCGGUCAACCCAGGUACUUUGGGAGGAAGAUUUACGACCGUUGAAGGCCUGCUAACGCAGGUUCGUGACGAUUUACACCAACAGAUCUUCGAUAUCGAUGAUUCGAAUGAUGCGGGUGGCGAUUCUUUACCAUCCGAAUCUAAACAAACAUGGAAGGCGUUCUUCGAUGGUUUAGAUCAUGCUAUUAAAGGGGAACGCAAAUUCACGGUCAUCUUGAAAGAUCCGCUAGCUAGUAGUUAUGUGCAGAAUUUAUGUAGUCCGAAUGAAGAUCCGCAGAUCGAGACGGAGGAGUAUGAGAGGACUGAGGAGGAGAAGGAGGAUCUGGGGUUGGCGGAUAUGAAGACUGAGGGGUAUGUGGAUGAAGCUGGAGAGAAGAAGAAGGAAGAUGCUGCGGAUGAGGCGCAGAGGAUCGAGGAGAGUAAUGGUUGAGAAUGAUAGAUUAGAAAAUUGAAGAAAUUUACCUGCGU